AUGGCCCAUUCAGAUGAGCAAUCUGUAUCGUCGGCCACCAUCCACCUCGUCGGCAGGAAAAAGAAGCGCGCCUCAAAGGCCUGCUCGUGCUGUCGGACUCGCAAGAUCCGCUGCGAUGUGCUCAAGACGGGCGUUCCCUGCACAAAGUGCCAGCUCGACGGCUUCGAGUGCGUCGUCCAGGCUCGCAAGAAGAGGCGCGGCAAGAAUGACAUGGACAAGCAGUCGCCGUCGUCGGGCCAGGACUUGACCAUCACCGGUGCCGCAAGGCCGUCGUCGCCUCGCUCCAUCCCGCCGCACGCCAUGCUUCACCAGGUCCCUCACUAUCCCUUCUUCCGCAGCUUUGCCUUGGACAGCCAGCCGUCUUUGCUGGCCGUCUCACAGGAUCCCCGUCGGCUCUCGGGGUCCAUCAAGCAUUCCAGGUUGGAUGAAGAGGAUAUCCAGUAUCUCAAACGGAAAGGCGCCCUCAGUCUUCCGCCAAAGGGAGUCAUGGACGAGUUUAUUUCCAACUAUUUCCAGCUCUUCCACCCGUUCUUCCCCAUCAUCGACAAGUCCAGUUUCCUGGCCAGCUACUACCGAAGUGAUCGUGGUGCUGCAUCUCUCUCACAGGGCCCAAGUAUAUUGCUUCUUCAGACCAUACUAUUCACGGCCAGUGCGACGGUGCCUAUAAAUGUCGUACGAGACGCUGGCUUCACGACUCGAAAGGAGGCGAGAAUCGCACUCCACAAAAGAGCACGGUAUCUGUACGACUUUGAUUUUGAGUCAGACAACAUCACAAACAUCCAAGCGCUCCUUCUAAUGAGCCACUACUACCCGUCCAUGGUUGAGCAAAAGCACACUUGGUUCUGGAUUCACCAGGCCAUCAGCCUCGCGCAAGGAGUUGGCCUGCACCGAAAUGCUCCCCAGGAGCCUCAGCGCAAACUUUGGGCAAGGUUAUGGUGGGCGUGCCUGGUCAGAGACAGGCUCACCACGCUCGGCACGGGACGCCCAAUGCACAUCAACAGCCUGGAUUGCACAGUUCCAAUGCUCACGCUCGACGAUCUCAAGGAGGAUGGCGAUAGCGAAGAUGACCAGACAGUCAAGGAGUUUUUCAUUGAGUUUGUGAAGCUUUGUCAGUACAUGGAAGGGGUGCUGUCGCUCCCUCAUAACAUCGCUACGGAACCAGGAUCACUGGAGGAGCAGAUCGGCCUCUGCGAGGAUACCCUUCAGCACUGGCGUCUGAAUCUAGUCCCCAGCGCGAGGCUGCACGAAGAAUCUGGGAGGGAUUUUGACAAACGGGGCAUCUGCACUCUCUACAGGGCGCUCCUACAUCUCAUGUACAAUAUUGUCGUCAUCGCUCUUCACAAGUCACAUCAGGUUUUGGACGAGAGCCGCCCUAGCGGUGCACAACCUCCACUGCCAAAAGUUCAAGCAGCCGCCGAAGACUCGACCCGACUGGCUGGCGAGCUCGUCAAAUUAGACCUGAUCAAGUAUUGUCCGACAAUAUGUGUAACAGCUAUCCUGCCGCCGCUCAUUGUUCAUCUUCUCAUGAUGCGAUCCUCGCCAGACCCAUCUAGCAGGCAGCCCCAUAUCGACAGAUUCAACAAGUGUAUGGGGCUGCUGGAACAGCUUGGCGAUAUCUAUUGGCACGCGAGCUUCUAUCACGACUUCUUCAAGCUUGCAGUCAUGCAUUCACAAGGACCGGCAGCAUACACCAACGGGCAAGAACAAGACCCUCUUGUUGCAUUUCUCAAUGACCACAUGCCCGUCAAGCUACCCGUUCUCAGAGGGACAGAACUCUACAGCCAAAACGCCAGUCGGCGGCGUACACCGGCGGGGGAUGAUGUCGAGGACAAUCCUACAAAGCCUUCGGAUACACCAAGCCGGGACGAUGGCGCUGCUAAUCACACGCCAAUCGCGACGACUACUGCCGCUGCUCAGACCGGGUUUUUGGCUCCCACGACGCAAGCUUCCGUGCCUUAUGAACUUGGCUCUGAUGAUUUGGGGCUUGGGGCCGUUGCCCUUCCAGACACCAAUCUCCAGCUUUUCGAAGACUGGCUCGAUGAGUAUGGGUAUUUUCACAACAUCUUUCCAUCUGCUUAA